AUGGCGGGUUUGGGGGUGGAAUCCCUAGAGAGUUUCAUGUUGGUUUUUUUCUUUUUCCAGCUCAUAUGGGAGUGUAGACCAUCUACUGCGAACCCUUACAUGGACCCUUCUAUGGUGGUCUCGAUAUGUAUCACGACACUAAGUAGAAAGAACAAUAACAACAGAGCAAGGCGCAGUACUAUCCUCCGUUCACGCAUGGGCUCGCUGGAAAUGCUCGUUGAAGUUGUCCUUGCGGUUGAAGACCUUUCCGCACCCAGGACACUGCUCUGCCUUGCGCCCGAAGGUGCCCUUAUAGCCGCAACCGUUCCAGCAGCAUCGCCAUGCAGUGGUGUUGCACUUUGA